GUAGUCGGUCACUGGCAGUGCUGGAGUCACGAGUGGUUUCCGCUGGUUUCUCCUGUGUGUUUAUCUCUUCUUCCACGUUCAUUAACAUUGAGACAGUCUGCGCCUGUGGAGUUUUUAGUUUCAGUUUUAAGGUCGCCGUGUUUGUUAUUUUUUGUCUGUAAAAAGCAUGAGCGACAAUGAUGACAUCGAGGUGGAGAGCGAUGAAGAACAACCGAGGUUUCAGACAGCGGCGGACAAGCGAGCACACCACAAUGCUUUGGAGCGCAAGCGCAGAGAUCACAUUAAAGACAGCUUUCACAGUUUACGUGACUCCGUACCAUCACUCCAGGGUGAAAAGGCGUCCCGUGCCCAAAUCUUGGAUAAAGCUACAGAAUAUAUUCAGUAUAUGAGGCGGAAAAACCACACACAUCAACAGGAUAUUGAUGACCUGAAGCGACAGAACACCUUGCUUGAGCAGCAAGUACGUGCAUUGGAAAAGGCACGGGCAGCUGCUCAGCUACAAGCAAACUUUUCAUCCUCUGACAGCAGUUUGUACACCAACCCCAAGGGCAGUGCAGUUUCUGCCUUUGAUGGGGGCUCUGACUCAACUUCAGAGUCAGAAACUGAAGAACCCCAGACCAGAAAGAAACUGCGAAUGGAGCCAAGCUGAGCCUGUUCGGGCAAUAAACUGGCUGGCUUUUACUAGGGAUUCUUGUGUAUAGCUUUACUUUUCAAUUUGUCUUCUGUCAGACCCCUUUGUGCUAAAAAGAUUAUAACAAGAUGCUAUUAAAUGGAUAGCAUCUUCUUUCAUCAGUGGAAGGGCUCUCUGCUCUUCCUCGAAGUUACAACAUGGCAGCUGUCAAACUAUUACGGACUCUUAUCUGCUGUUAAAGGAACUUUGCAGCAGUUCUUAAGACUUGUUCACUUAUGGCACCCAGUGGAAAAAGACUAGUCUUGAAAUUGAGUACUAUUGAAAGAAUAAGGAAGCAAGGCACAUGUUAUUUGACAUGUUGUUAAUCUGUAGAGUUGUAGACUUCAACCUGCUUUUACUUAUAUGACUAGUUUUUAAAUCUUGCUUUGAGAGCCUUUUGCCUUUAUUCGAUUAUGAAAUAAGUUCAGUAAAACUUGACUUUUUAGUCAAGUUGCAUUUCAUUUUUCUAAAUGUCUUGCAGAUUAAAAGUACUCAAAUAUUCUGUGCCUUGAGUUGCUUUUUAUGUGACUACAAAAAAAUGAUGGAACAGCUUAAGUGCCCCUGAAGGAAUAUUUGAUACUGAAAUGUCAACUGUCAGUACAACUGAAAAGGGUAUGUUAAGUUCAUGUUUUAGCAGCAACUGAAAUAAUUGUAUUUAUGCCUCAGUCUGCAAAAUACAAUGUACAAAAUUAAAUUGAUUUAUAAAACUGCUAAUUAUUGUUGUUUGAACAAUCAGCUGGCUGCCAGUUACCAUUCAGGCUGUGUCAGGGAUGUGUGUACAUUUGUCUGGGUCUGCCUUUUCAAUUACUGGUCUAAGCUUAAACUAGGUUGUAGUAUUGUGUAGAAUUGUCUUUCUUGUUAUUUGAUUCCAUUCCAUGGAAAUUACAGGUAUGUUGUACAUACUGCCAAGAAAUGUCUUGCAAGUUGAGGCUGACCUUUACUAUAAGACUAUAAAUAAAAACUAUUUUAUCCUUGUUAUUUUGCCUACAGGUCUUUACUUUUAAUUAAACUAAGUUAGGCUAUUUCAAAGAUUAUUUAUCAAAGUAUACAAUUCUGAAAUUGUUCUUCUCCAGACAUCCAUGAAACCAAAACAGAAAAGAAUGGCAGCACAAUCAUCAACCCCCAAUCCCCCUCCCCACACAAAAAAAAUGAACAAAAGCUGAACAGGCGCAUCAACCCAUGUAUUUUAACGGUUUAGAUACACAAUAGUGUACAGAAGUCUGAGUCCCCUUUGAGGCUUAAUGUUUCAGACUGAAUUAAUGAGUUAUAGCAGCUAUUUCGUUGAGUAUUUUUAUCAUUGUUAAUUGUUUUAAAAAGUGUAAAAAUUCCAAGAAGACAAUGCAAUGACAACCCCAUCUCUGGAAAUGCUGAAGCGCUCUAGGCAGUAAUUUAAGCAAAGUCAAAAUAAUAUUUUAAAAAAUCAAACAGAAGGGUGAUACGAGUUCUGUGUGGGAAUCUGUCCACAAGGAAGAAGUGUGUCAGUUACUUGGUUGGUGGGCAGUGAAGGAAAACUAUUUUGAGACUACUCAGACUUCUAAAGGACACCAUAUGAAAGUGAACUGCAUGAAUCUGACUAGGCCUUCCCAGUAAUAUAAAUGUAGGAAAGUAUAUCAUUUGAUCACUACCCAUGGAAAUUAUGCUAGUUUAACAUUGGCCUUGUCAAAUUAUAUGUACUAAUUUACUGAUUUUUAUUUUUGCUUUGUUGAGUGAUUAGUUGCUAGUUUUUAUUUUAAGAUGGAGAUACUAAUGUGCAAGUUGAGGAACAUGUUACACUAAAUAUUGAUUUCAAUAGACAUUGAGAAGAGUUGCUAUUUACUCUGCAAUGGACACCUCUGGAAAUUGGUCCUGUCAAUAUAGGAUGGUACCCUUAAAAUAGUUGAGUGCAAGUGGAUGGUGCACAUAUUGUCACAAUCUAUUUCAAAUCCCAACACAAUGAUUUCCACCCGCUACAACUGGAGGGUAGGCGAGGGCUAAAAUUUUAAAAUUCUCUUUUGGGUUGAAGAAUAAGUACCAGUAAGCAUACUGCUGGAUUACAGGAAAAUAAGAUCUUAAAAGAACACAAGACUGCAAAAGCUUCAAAAAGAACAAACGUGCAUUCUUGUAAUGGGGAUCAAAGAAGGAGCAAUUCAAAUAAAUUAGUUUUAGUGAUGAUAGUGCUGGAAAAAUAACCAAAGCCUGAUAAUCUGGAUUCAUUUUCUCUUUUUCAAAAAUAAAAAGAUUUUGGCUGUAUUGGCUGUUGUCUUCCAGAAUCAUAUAGAUUUGGAAUGACAGGAGAGUGGUAAAUGUAACCCCAUUACAUGGCAAGAGAGAGAGAGAAAUUGGAACUAUAGUUUGUUCUACCACAUAAGUAGCAAAUAGGAUAAUACCACUAAGAAAUUAUUGCUGUGAAAUGAACUUCAUAUUUGUACUGUAUAGCUUACAGUAUAAUAAGGGACUACUUUGUUCUAGUAACACGUUGUUGAAUGCGCUAUUAGGCGUGUAUUGAUCUGUACAUGUGUGCCGAGUUCGGAUUCUGCCAGUAAAGAA